UCCGCAGGGAUCUUCCCCACGGACCCACCGCAUCAUGCAACUUCCGCCUCUCCCGCUGCUUCUUCACUCUUCAUCACUCUCAGUUUCCCCGCGACGGCCAUUAACGACUCUUCUCGCCUCCCCUCUCCCCCUCGCCGUCCUUCUUGCAGGCCUUUCUCGGAGGGGAAUUGAAGUGGACGAGGAGAAACGAGGGGCUAAGAAAUCUACCGGUCCUGAUUUGAGUUCCUCGGAUUUCUCUUUUUGUUCUUGUAUUUGUUUCUGGAUUUGUUCUUUACGAGAUAGGAAGUGUUAAAGUCUAUCUGGCGGCGCCGACAGAAAAGAGCAGGGGCAUAUUUCUGAUGAGAAUCGGGAAGAGAUGAAGGGGAAGAAUGCUCUCCCUCUCGUUACCUUUGAAUACAAGCGGGAUGCAUAUGGGUUCGCUGUGCGGCCGCAGCACUUGCAGAGAUAUCGUGAAUAUGCUAACAUCUACAAGGAGGAGGAGGAAGAGAGAUCGGAGAGAUGGGACAACUUCCUGGAAAACCUUGAAGAAUCUGCACAGCUACUGGAAAACGGAUCCCCUGCAGGGAGUGGUGCUGCUAAUGUGGACCAUGAGGUGACUGUUAAUGAUGAAGAGGGUCGUCUAAGUGGUAAUCAAUGUAUUAGCGCCAACGGGAAUGCAUCAGAGAAAGAAGGAGCACCCAGGGAACCGAGGGUUCAUAAGGUUCAGAUAUGGACACAAGUUAGACCAUUGCUUAGGACGAUUGAACAUAUGAUGUGUGCCCGUGUCGGGAAAGGGAAAGUGUUGAGGAAAAUCGAGUCUGACCUGGGUAGCGGUCUUGCAAUCGUUGACGAGAAAAAGCAAGGAAAGCAAGGGAUUUCUACUAAGACACAUGCGGGAGCAUCUGAAGAGGAUUCUGAAGAAGAGUUUUAUGAUGUAGAGAGAUCGGACCCGGUCCAAGAUGCAAAUGACAACCCAGGUUCAGCAACUAGUUCCGUCGGUGAUGUGGUUGUUCCAGAAAUUUUUGGUCCUUGGAGAGAAGAGCUGGAAUGCCUUGUCCAUGGGGGCGUUCCAAUGGCUUUAAGAGGAGAACUAUGGCAAGCAUUUGUUGGUGUGAAGGCGCGCAGAAUCGAGAAUUAUUAUACUGAUCUACUUGCGGUGGAGGACUUUGCUCAAGCUGAAAAUGCAGAUGAUGACGGCCUUUUAGAAAUUGAUACUAACGGAUCAGCGAGGUGCCAUGGAGUAGUACCUGAAAAAUGGAAGGGGCAGAUCGAGAAGGAUUUACCUCGAACCUUUCCAGGUCAUCCUGCUUUGGAUGAGGAUGGUCGGAAUGCCUUGAGGCGUCUGCUUACAGCAUAUGCUAGGCACAAUCCCUUGGUUGGUUACUGUCAGGCUAUGAAUUUCUUUGCUGGUUUACUGCUUCUGCUUAUGCCUGAAGAGAAUGCAUUCUGGACCUUGAUGGGUAUCAUUGAUGAAUACUUUGAUGGAUACUACUCUGAGGAAAUGAUUGAAUCACAGGUGGACCAACUUGUUCUUGAAGAGUUGGUGAGACAGAGAUUCCCCAAACUAGUUAAUCAUUUGGACUACUUGGGAGUCCAAGUUGCAUGGGUUACGGGACCCUGGUUUCUCUCAAUCUUUGUGAAUAUGCUGCCAUGGGAAAGCGUGCUUCGUGUUUGGGAUGUGCUUUUAUUUGAUGGAAACCGUGUCAUGCUAUUUCGGACAGCUCUUGCUCUUAUGGAACUAUACGGUCCGGCACUUGUCACAACAAAAGAUGCAGGAGAUGCAGUUACUUUGUUACAGUCUCUGGCUGGGUCAACUUUUGACAGCAGUCAGCUUGUUUUAACAGCUUGCAUGGGCUAUCAGGCUGUAACUGAAGCAAAAUUGCAAGAGCUACGGACAAAACAUCGACCGGCAGUAAUUGCUGCUAUUGAUGAGCGUAGUAAAGAGCUCCGUCUUUGGAGAGAUUCUCAGGGUCUUGCUUCUAAACUUUAUGGUUUCAAUCAGGAACCUGGAUCAGUGCUGCCCAAAUCACAGUGCCUGGAGGGUUCAGAUGAAAUGCAUGAAAAUGGGACUUCAUGCCUUUUGGAAUGUGCAUCAACAAAUGUUGAUGAGUUAAUUUGUAGCCUAACUGGUGAAACAGAUUCAAGUUCUGGGCCAGACCUUCAGGAACAGGUGACGUGGUUGAAGGUUGAGCUCUGCAGAUUACUGGAAGAUAAGAGGGCUGCUGACCUAAGAGCUGAAGAGUUGGAGACAGCACUAAUGGAAAUGGUCAAGCAGGACAAUAGACGGCUUUUGAGUGCAAAGGUAGAACAAUUGGAAGGGGAGGUUAAACAACUUAGACAAUCUCUUGCAGAUAAACAGGAACAAGAACAUGUGAUGCUGCAGGUGCUGAUGCGGGUAGAGCAAGAACAGAAAGUAACAGAGGAUGCUAGAAGAUUUGCUGAGCAAGAUGCCGCUGCUCAGAGAUAUGCGGCUGAUGUCCUUCAGGAAAAAUAUGAAGCGGCAAUCGCUUCCCUUGCAGAAAUGGAGAAAAGGGCAGUCAUGGCAGAGACCACAUUAGAAGCUACAUUACAAUAUCAAUCUGGUCAGGUUAAAGCAGCACAACCAUCAACUCCAUCUCCAAGGGCCUCACCUGUUGAAAGGGUUAAUCACGAGCCUAACCAAGAGCUACCGACAAGAAAGCCGGGUCUGCUCUCUAGGCCUUUCGGACUUGGUUGGCGUGAGAGGAAUAAGGGGAAGAUGAACAAUAAUGAUGAAGGCAGUGAUGACAAGCCCAUCGUUGUAGAGGAUGACCCAAAGUCACCUGUCCAGAAAGAUAUAAAUGGACAUUAAGUAACAGAGAUGCAUUGUCACCUCAGAGAUACAGGAUGGCAUAAUUAGUCAAGCGAAAGAACAAGUUCUAAUGCAGCCACAGCAAAAGCUACGAAAUUUUCUUGUUCAUCUUCUCUGGUUUAUGAGAAAAUGUGUCUGAAUGCAGCUGUUAUCUAAUACUCGUCCUUGCAGAGCCCUUCCUGCCCCUCUAUCAUUUGUUACAUAGGUAAUUGCUGAAUUUUAGAUACAGAUGCCAAACUUCUCUAGCCAGACCUAAUCAUAUGCCGUUCUCUCCUUGAGAUUUUAGCCUAUUCUUUCAAACGAAUGUAAGGUUCAUAUUAGACCUGCAUUUUAAGCAUAUUCCUCCCAAUUUCUGGGAUCAUGAAAAGCGUGUAUAAAAAUGUUAGUAAAUAUUCUUUUUAAAUGAGCAAUGAAAAUUCAUUAUGUACAGUUUUUCGAUCA